GGUGGCCUCCUGAAGGCACUGCACAGAGUUUCCUUUGUGGAGCUGAGCCAGUACUGGAACCAGAACUUCCAGGGUGACAAUGAGGAACAGGAAAAAUUAUUGAAGAGAAGUGAUGCAUUGUAUGUUGGAAAUCUUUCCUUUCACACAACUGAAGAACAAAUCUAUGAACUCUUCAGUAAAAGUGGUGAUAUAAAGAAAAUAAUUAUGGACCAGGAUAAAAUAAAGAAAACAGCAUAUGCUUUCUAUUUUGUAGAAUACUAUUCAAGAGGAGAUGCAAAAAAAAAUGCCAUGUGAUACUUAAAUGAACUGGAUGACCAGAUCAUUCACACAGACUGGAAUGCAGGCUUUAAGAAGGGCUGGCAGUACAGCUGUGGAUGGUCUUUGGGCCAAGUACAAGAUGAGUAUUUACAGAACUAUGAUGCUGGAAGAGGUAGCUAUAGAAAACUGGCCACAAACCAGUGA